AUGACUAACCCUGAUUCCUGCGCCUGGUGCCAACGCUCCCCCGCCAAAGUCGGGCACGCCCUCCAAAAAUGCGGCCGCUGCAAAAUGCUAUACUACUGCCAGAAAGUGUGCCAGGAGGCCGACUGGAAGCACCACAAAGAGGAAUGCCGGAUCAUCUCGCAAACGGGCACCAUACCUCCGAACGCAUUCAUGCGGGCUCUGAUCACGUCUCUCAAGCCGGCGCUGGUCGACGAAGUCAACGCCAGCAGCGUAGACACGAUCACCUACCUCAAGACAUCUAUCACAAAGCUUCAAGAUAUUUCGAUCUCGGGGCCAUUCUAUCCCCUCGACGCCAUCGUGGAGCAGAUCAAGGGCCGUCUCACUGAAGAAGUCUGCUUCACGGGACUGGCGAACUUCGAGAAAGACCUUGGUACCUCGGGUAUUGCGUCUCUUCAGGAGAUCAAGGUUGCUUUGCCAGAGGGCCUACAUAUGACCAUUGAGGUCUGUCGCAUGAAGAAUCCCGAGGUGGCUGCCUUUCUACGCCGUUCUCCGCCUAACGCGCCACGACCUGUCUACACGGUUUGUGCGCAUAUCCCCGAUCCUACGCUGCCCGAUUUGUCUCCCCAACAUUGGGGGGGAAGCUUCAUGCCUCUCUUUGAUGCUGAAGUUCUGGGCACGUUUCUCGAGAAGAAGGCUGCAAACGAGUGCGGUCGCGAGGUGGUGAAGAAGUGGAAGGAAUCAGAGCCUGGGCGGAAAGGCGUAUAUACCAUUGGUCAGGAUGGUAUGAUGGCAGGCCGUCUGAUUGUUCCGGACGGUCGCACCUACCAGAUUGUAUCUGUCAGAAUGGAUGAUGGGCGCAAGAAGUAUAGUGACGGGAGGACCGGGUGCUGAAGUUGCAGGGCUGGGUUCCUCAUGGAUGGGUAGUUGAGUCCGGUCAGGUGUUGAUGCGAAGUAACGGAAAUCUAUGAUGGUAUCGAGGAGUAACAGACUUCGCUUAUACGCGCGUGGAGGCCAUUGGAGAUGAGAGAAAAAAAA